ACUGUAAUUUUCUCUCGCUUUGUUUACGUCUUUCGACCAAAACAAUUUAAAAAACAUUAAGUCCGAUAUCGUCGAGAGCCACUUUAACGAGCUGAUAAAAAUAUUUAAUCGUUCCCACGACCCGAAUUAACCAUCCAUGAGUGCGAAAGCAGAGAAGCUGACCAACCCGAAAAACAUGUCCGAGGAACUGAAUGGGGUGGCCGUAGUUAUAAUUAUAGGUUUAGGGGUCCUCACUGUAAUACUGCUAGUUCUUUUUGCUAAAAGGCAAAUUAUGAGGUUCACUUUGAGGUCUAGAAGAGGCCCGCAUGUUCCUAUAGGCCAUGACGCACCGAAGGCCCUCAAGAGGGAAAUUGAACGAAGGCUUGAUUUAAUACCUCGGAUAGUUUGUGAGCCAAAGUUAAUAAAUAACACUGAUCCUCGAUAUAUUCUUUAUCCGGGGCAGCAGAUACCUGCUCACUAUUAUAGACUUAAAGCAGUAGAUGAUGUGAAACUACUUGAAAAUGAAAUAACAAGGCAAGACUCGUGCCUAUUCAGGCACCCCAGUGAAAAUUUAAGGGCUUAUCUAUUGACCACCCUAGCAGCUCCCUUAAAUGGCCAAGGGUUGAGGCUUAUUCAUCAAUUUUGUGACUUGUAUGAGCAUGCCCGACAUGAUCCCAGCCAUUUUGGUGAUGAGGAGUACCAGCAAUAUAAUCGGUUACUAUUAAAGCUUGUUGAUGCUGCCAAAAUGUUAAAGUCAUACAACAGCAGAAAGUCAUCGCCAAACAGGACUCCUCAAAAACGUCUGUUAGUAGAAAAAAAUAAGAACUUCAACUCAAAUUAUUCGACUGAAGAAGAGAUUUUAAGCGUGACUGACUCCAGGCCAACAACUCUUUCAGUUCCUUUAUCAUCUGACAAUGAAACCUCAGUUUAAAAUUAAGUAAUAUUCAUAUUUCACUGUACUGAACCUAUUUAUAAAUAAUUUUAAGAGUAAAACUGACAUAGAGUUAUAGGAACGAUAGGAUUAUGAAAAUAACUGAAGCAGAUUUCAAGAAUCUAUAUUAGACGUGUGUACUUCACAAUCAAAAUAUUUCAACCAUGCGGAACUUUUUGAAAAAUCUUCUUGGUGUCUCAAAGCACAUAAGGCCCAACCAAAAAUACGCUUAUAGUUCUCUGGUACACUUUCUGAGCAAUUCAUAUGGUGCAGCCAUUCUAGGAUCUAAAAACAAUUUUCCUGGUUAAUUGUAAAAUAGAUGUGGUGGUUUAUAGGUAAAUUGGUCAAGUGCAUCUUUAUAAUAGGUAGAAAGGGUUUUUAAUAUAGUUUUCUGUAGCACUUGACCAAUUUACCCACAAAACCCCACAUCUAAUCUAAAAAUAAUAGUUUUAAGUAGAAAUAAUGUAAAUAUGUGUUUCUGUGAUCUUAUUUAGCCGUUUUUUAGAAUAGUUUGCUAGUAAAAAUAGUUCUAAGUAUAACUUCAAAUAAAAAAAUGUUAAAUUAA